AUGACGUCCACAACAACGCUGUCCUUGCUCGUUUCUCUCCUUGUUUUGCAAGCCUUAUUAUCAGUUCCAGUGGUUGGGUUUGGCGAAAUACCAGUAAUGAAGACCGAACGUUGCUUGUUAAAGUCGUACCCCGAUGGUCCUCUGUCGCCGGACAACUUUGAGUUUGACAGCAAAGAACUGACGAACGAGGAAGAUCUGCCCCAAGAUGCCAUUGUGGUGGAACUCAAGCAUGUUUCGGUAGAUCCCUACAUGCGAACCCGUUUCAAGCCAGGGAUGGGGUACAUUAUGCCAGGCUUUGAGCUUGGGAAACCGAUUGAGAGUGCCUGUGUGGCACAAGUUGUGGCGUCCAAAAACGACAAAUACAAAGUUGGAAGUCUGAUCACUGGAAUGAUGCCAUGGGAAACCACCCAAGUAGUCAAAGAACCAUCUUUCCAGCCACUACCGCAACUGGAUGGAAUUCCCAGCUCGUACUUUCUCGGUAUUUUGGGAUUGACGGGCUUGUCGGCCUACCUCCCCUUCAAACACUACGCCAAGGACUUUUUGAAAGCCAAAGAGAAACCAGUGGUGUUUGUGUCGGGCUCGGCAGGAGCUGUCGGAUCUGUCUUUGCUCAGCUGUGCAAAUCGAUUGGUUGCACGGUCUAUGGAUCCGCUGGAACAGGCGACAAAAUCGCCUUGUGCAAGUCCAGUCUCGGAUGUGACGAUGCGUUCAAUUACAAAGAUGGGAUAGCAGCAGGAUUAGAUGGCGUUUUGAAAGAUCAAACCAUCGAUCUUUACUUUGACAAUGUCGGUGGCGAGAUGCUGGAUGAGGUACUGGUACGAAUGAGUAUGGGAGGCAAGAUCAUUUGUUGUGGGUCAAUCUCUGGCUAUGAAACCAAGGACGAAGACUUGUACGGUGUUCAAAAUCUGUUUUGCGUUACUACCAAACGCCUCCAAAUGCAAGGGUUUCUCUUGGGACAAUGGGGCGAUGAAUUGCCACAAGCGAGUCAAGAACUCGGAGAAAUGUUGGCGGCAAAGGAUAUUGUGGCACAAGAGACUGUUCUCAAGGGAUUUGAUAAGGUCGUCGAGGGAUUGAUAGGGCUCUUCAAAGGAAGCAACACUGGAAAGAUGAUUAUUACUGUAUAA